UUUAAGUUGACUCAUUGCUGACACCAAAUUUUUGUGGUCAAGCCAUGACUAAGACGUCUAAUAUGAUUUAUUUAAAAGCAUCUUUCAGUUCUUGUCUUUCAUUGAUUUCACAGUGUUAUGAAAACCUGGACAAGCUUCUCUAUAGCUUUUUUCCAUUGAACAAUUCAGAAGUGUACUUGUCAACAGAUAGUGAUUCUCUAAAGUUGAAACAGAUUUACUCAAGAUGCCAGGAACAAAGAUUCGUGAUAAAGAUCGGAAUAAAAUGAACUUAAAGUUCAUAUGUACUUACUGUAAUCACCUUCUUGUCAAUCCAAUGCAGACUUCAUGUGGACAUUUGUUUUGUAAAUCUUGUAUGGACAUUAUUCUUGGAAGUUCUGAUCCAAAAUGUCCGGAAGAUCAAGAAAAAUUGAGCAGAAAUGAUGUUUUCCCUGAUGCUUUUACGAAGCGUGAGUUGAAAAUGAUUCGUUUACAUUGUCCUUCUGAACAGUGCGAAUGGUUUGGUACAUAUGAAGAAUUGGAAGGUCAUUCUCAAGUUUGUGAGCAUGCGCUCAUCCGCUGUAUCCACAAGCAAUGUAACAUUCAGUUAUCUCGCUCUCUCCUUGACGAACAUUUGAAGAAUGAAUGUGAAUAUCGAAACGUGAAAUGUGAAUAUUGUGAUAAAGAUGUCCCAUAUGCUUCACUUAAGGACCACAUAGAAAAGGUGUGUGAAAAUGCACCAGUGCUUUGUAAAUAUUGUGAGAAAAAGAUACCAAGGAAAGAUGUUGAAAACCAUGAAAGUACGACUUGUGAUGAAAUGCCGACUACAUGUGAAUUUCAAGCUAUUGGAUGUAACUAUAAGAAAACUUUAAAACGAAAGGAGAUCCGUCAACAUAUGAAUGACAAUUUAAUUGAUCAUGUGAGCCUUCUGUUACGAUAUGUUAUGGCAUUUGUUACACAGUUAAGUAACUAUGUACCACGUCCAGAGUUUACCACUGCUGUUCAAAACAUGGCUGACCAAGUUACAGCUGUUCGUGCCAAUCUUUCAGAAAAAUUUGUGAUGUUGGUAGGUAAACUUACAGGUCUUGAAAGGAGGAUUGAGAGUCUCGAGGAUCGUGGUGGUAACGACAGUAACAAUGUCCAUUCGUCAUUAGAGGUUUCCUUGAUGCGUGAUAGGAUUGUGACUCUAGAGCAACAAUUGAGAGAUAAAUCCUCAACUAUACUACGAUUUCGUGAACGUUUAGAUCAAAUUGACGAAUCACUUGCAAGAAACACGAUAAAGAUUACGGACCUGGAGGGCCAACGUGGUGCGCGAACACUAGGGUCAAAUCAGGCUAUACACAGCUACAAUGGUACGUUACUGUGGAAAAUAGAUAACUUCAAUCGAAAGAGACAGGAUGCCAUUAAUGGUAUGAAAACAGCCUUGUACAGUCCACCAUUUUACAGUUCUCAAUAUGGUUACAAGAUGUGUGCUAAGAUCUAUAUGAAUGGUGAUGGUUUUGGAAAGGGAACUCAUUUAUCUUUGUUUUUUGUUGUCAUGAAAGGUGAUUACGAUGCACUACAAACAUGGCCAUUUCAAAAAAAGAUCACGAUGAUGUUAAUGGAUCAAGGAAAUGGAGAUCACAUGAUUGAUGCUUUUCAUUCAGAUCCUCAAAGUUCCUCAUUUCAGCGACCAAAGUCAGACAUGAAUAUCGCUUCUGGAUCGCCACUCUUCAUGCCAUUGGAAAGUUUGAAAAAUCGUCAGUAUAUUAAAGAUGAUACUCUUUUUCUUAAGAUGAUAAUUGACUGAACAAUUUCUAAAAUUAUAAGCAAGUUUCGAUUAUAUUUAUUUGUUUGAGAAUGUUUUUUUCGAGAUCAAGCUUAAUUGUUUAAUGUUAACACUCACUGAAGAAUGACAUAUUUUCUUGUGGAGUCAUGGGAUGAUAUGGAUGACGUAAAAUCUCUUCGUAUAUGUAAUGACUUUGAAAGAUUUUCAUGAUGUAACGACUAACUCAGCUAUAUGGAUGGUUAGUGAAAUUCUAUACCAAUUGCAACGAGUUAAAAAAGAACAAAAUCUGAAUGGACGAUAUAUGAAAUUCUAGACAAAUUGCAGCAAGUUAUGAUAAAAAGGAACAAGAUCUGGAUUAAUAAUUUUUGGAAUUCCAAACUUCUGCAACGAGCUCAGAUGUGACGACAGAAGUCUAAAUGGAUGGUUGGUGAAAUUGCUGGACGAGUAUUUUUCUAGAAUUUCACUAACCAUCCAUCUAGUCUUUGUCUAUUGCAAGGAGCUCAGAUGUAGAGACCAAAUUCUAGAUGAAUAAUUAAUGUAAUGGUAAUGGUAAUUGGUUAUAGUUUAUUUCAUGUACUGUAUAUUUAUUAAGCUAAGAUAUAUUGGAGUUUACAGCAAUAGCAAUAACGAAUAAAUACAAUAAUGGUAAAAUAGAACUAUUAUCUAAAAUACUAAAAAAUACUAAAUUGUUAUUAACAUAAUGGCUAAACACUUUGUUUUGCGUACGAGAAAUCAUCGUGAUGGAAAAAUAUAGUAAAAUUAUGUGUAUGUAAUGAUCGAUAUAUUUAUAAACAAAAAAAUAGAGAAAAAUAAAAAUGCUAUGCAAUUAUACUAUUUUAAAAUCAUGGUGCUACAAUAGCACGCAUGGCGGCA